UUUACCAAACCGACUGAACCUCGUUUUCUCUCCUUUUUGCCCCAUUAGCGGUCACUCACUUGAACAUUACGCUCAAGCCUUGACGGCUGGUCCGCAGACCUCGCGGUCUUCCGGACACCGAUCCCACUUCUGGCCCGGCAUCGUUCGAGCCUUCAAGACGCCACCUGAGGGGGGACUGCAGCCGUCCUCCCUCGCACUUACAUCUCGUGGUCAUGGAGCAGUGAACAGAGAGCUGAGGCCCUAGAGCCUUUGCGGGCAGACGGGACGGCCGAUCGGGGCUGUUCGGGCAUCCCGUCGCCCGCCGAAGACUUCUUACGCCAACACGAACUCGAUCACUGUCUGGGGGAGGGGGAGGCGGAGGAGUGUGGGUAUCACGAAGGGGUCCAGGAUGGAGGGCAGCAGGGAGUGUGGGAUAUAGGGUGGAACGAGGAGCGAUAUGUGGAGGCUGUCGCGAUGAGUUGCAUCGGGCAAUCGCAGGGGUUCGAGGGGUUCGAGGCUGUCCCGAUGAGUGGCGUCGGGCAGCCGCUGGAGUUCGAGGGUGCCCCGGUGAAUGGCAUCGGGCAAUCGUGGGAGCUCGAGGGUGCGGGUGCGGGAGUCGACUGGGGACUACUUGGGGAGGAAUUUCUGGUGGUGGACUGGGUGUACGAGCCGCAAUUCCAAAACGCCCAGGAUACGGCAGGUGUUUUGGCGGACAAGACGGACGAGGCGAGGCACCCAGGCGGUGACUAUGGCGGCAAGGAAAACGGCAGCAACGACAAGGACAAGGGCGGCACACACGACUGGGACACGCACGAGUGGGUGCCGGCCUUUCCGCUGUCGGCAUACAUGGCAGACACGAUGAAGCAGCAAACAACAACGGCAACAUCAUCUUCAUCAUCAGGAGCCGCCGCCGCCGCAGCAGCAGCAGCAGCAGCACCCACGCCAUCCGCGACGGCGGCGCCGGAGCUCACCCAGGCGUCGUCGUCGUCGUCGUCGUCGUCGCCCCCGGAGCUCACCAAGACAUCGCCAUCAUCACCGGGGCUCACCCAGGUAUCGUCGUCGCCGCCGGGGCUCACCCAAGCGUCGGCGUCGUCGGCGUCGGGCGGCGGGAGCCCCGGCACGCCCGGGGGCCGGCAGCGGCAGCAGCAGCGGCGCUUCGUUUGCGCCGAGCCGACGUGCUCUCAGGCCUUCGAGGUACGCAAGGACCUCCAGCGCCACGUCAAUAGCAAGCACGGCAGGGUCACCAUGGCCUGCCCGGACUGCGGCGCGGUCAUCAAGGGGUCCCGCAUGGACAACCUGCGUCGCCACCAGAGGAUCAAGCACGGGUCCCCCGAGUGGCGGCGCGCAACGGGCCCCGGAAUGCCGCCGGUUUCGCGGCUUUUGCAAAUUAAGGGAAGGGGGGAGGGGGGGAGAUGAGGCAACGGAGGUUGGGGCGCGGGGGAGUGGGAGACAACGUUUGGGCGCAAAGAAGGAGAAAGAAAAAAAGGGCAAGUGUGGUUGUGUGAUUGUGAUGGCUAGGUCCCAGGUGGACGGGGGUCAGGUACGAAGCAAGAGCCUCGGGGACGCCUACGGAGGUUCACAAAGACGACGUGACGGAGCAAGCUCUCCCGGACGCGCGAGCAAAAAGGACAACAACACCAACAAAAACAUCGCCAGACCAAAACACAACAUUUGGCCACGACGGGACCAUUUCCCCUCGAAACCCAACAUACCUAACCAUCGACAACCUUUCCCAGUCACCGGCUAGUGGACCAGGGCACGCCCCUUUUUUUCCUUUUGCAAAAAUCGCGAUUCAAAGAAAACAAAGGUGCGUGCCCUGGUCCACCAGCCAGCACUGGAUCUUUUCGAUGGGCUUUUGCUCGGGCGUCCGGGAGAGGAUGCGACGGAGCGUGCGCUCUUGGUGGCCCCCGGGAGGCGUACAGCCCCCCACGAGGCUUCGUUCGAGAUAGUGUAUACCUGAUGUCCGCCCGUUUGGGCUUGGGUCUUGCAAUCAAACAAGCAUUCCAGAAAACCCUCA